AUUGACUUUUGUUGUAUAGAAUGUUGACGUGAUCCUUGAUAAUAAUUCUCAUUCUCUCAUUUUAACAAAACAGACAAUUGCAUUAUCGCAAUCAGACGUUGCAUUGUGUUUUAAUUCCCGAUACAUUUGUUAACCGACCCAUACGUCCAUAAAUAAUGAAAAAGAAAUAAUGUGACUAUUACGAUUAAGUGCCGUGUUAACUGUUUUAGACCCGGAAAUUCGUCAUGUUUUUGUUUUUAGACAAUUAUCUAUGCAACUUUAAGUACACCAGUUAACAAGCCCAGUUUUCUAGCCAGAUUGAGGGGCGAUAGCCUACUAUCCAGUAACGAUUUAUGUGUUCUCCGCCCUAAUAUUCUAUACCUUAUAUUAAAAGAUAUCAAUCAGUGAAGCGUGUAGGAUGGAUGCUCCAGAAUCCGGUGGGAGUAGCCGAUCCACCAUGGUGCAGCCGACAUCAUGGUGUCAUCCUGCUAACAGGAUACACAGAUUUUUGGCAUUGUUACUCAUGUGCUUCCUUUGUUUUGGUUCCUAUUUUUGUUAUGACACUCCUGGAGCGCUAGCUGAUAACUUCAAAGAUGACUCACACUUGAACACAUCCCAGUUUGCAUUGCUUUACUCUAUUUACUCAUGGCCAAAUGUGGUGUUGUGUUUCAUAGGCGGUUAUCUUGUUGAUAGGUACUUUGGAGUGAGAUUAGGCACAGUUAUUUAUAUGACAAUUGUAUUUAUUGGAGCUGUAAUAUUUGCAUUUGGAGUCUACAUUAAUGCAUUUUGGCUGAUGAUACUUGGACGAUUUGUAUUUGGUAUUGGAGGAGAAUCCUUACAAGUUGUUGUCAACAACUAUGUGGUGCUUUGGUUUAAAGGAAAAGAACUCAACAUGGUAUUUGGACUGCAAUUGUCAUUCUCACGAUUUGGUAGUACAGUUAACUUCUGGGUUAUGGAGCCAAUAUACAGAUGGGUUUCCACAUAUUAUGGAGGAUAUGAAAGAUUGGGGGUGACAUUAUUUAUUGCCUCACUAACUUGCUUUGUAUCCCUUAUUUGUGGCGUGAUUCUUGGCUGGAUGGAUUACAGAGCUGAAAAAAUUCUUGGCAGACAGGAUGAAGAAGGCAAUAAAGAACCUGUCAAUCUAUCAGACAUAAGACACUUUAAAUCUGUCUUUUGGCUCUUGUCUGUAAUUUGUGUGGCAUAUUAUCUAGCCAUCUUUCCGUUUAUUGCAUUAGGAAAGUUGUUCUUUGAGCGCAAAUUCGAUUUCUGGCCACAAGAUGCAAAUAAUGUGAACUCCAUGGUCUACUUGCUAUCGGCAGCUUUGAGCCCAUUCUUCGGAAUCCUGAUUGACAAGACAGGCAGAAAUGUUAUGUGGGUUAUAAUAAGCAUAGUCACAACUAUUGGAGCCCAUUUUAUUUUGGCUUUCACAUUCUUCAAUCCGUAUAUUGGUGUGAUCAUACUGGGUAUCUCAUAUUCUCUCCUAGCCGCCGGUUUAUGGCCAUUAGUAGCUCUGAUUGUUCCAGAAAAUCAACUGGGAACAGCAUAUGGAAUAUGUCAAGCAGUGCAGAACAUGGGUCUGGCAACUGUAAUAAUCUUUGCUGGAAUGAUUGUUGACAAAUAUGGAUACUUGAUGUUGGAAAUGUUCUUCCUGGGAUGCCUUUUUGUUGCACUCAUUGCUGCUGUUCUGAUAUACAUCGUGGAUUCGGCCAGCAAUGGUGUGCUAAAUAUGUCACCAAGUAUGAGGGAUUCUGUGAAAUCGGUACAAGAAAGCGACGAAACUGCGAAUCUAUUAGACAAUGAAGAUUACACGGAUCAAGAAGAAACUGAUUCGAGGAGGCCUUCAGAAUCGGCGCAAGAUCAAUCACCCAACCCACGCGAUGUCGCUCAGGAACAGUCUGAUAGAAUACGCAGCAGAUAUCUAGCACAAAUAUUGACAAGCAGUACUUCAGAUAGACAAUAGAUAAAACUAAUAACUUCAUAUUAUAUAAUUUUGAUAUCAUACUUGUAAAUAGUUAUUUUCGUGUUAUGUACUUUAUUUAGAUUUAGAAAUAACAAUUAUAGACAAUGAAACAAAAUGUAAAAGUGUAAAAACUUUACUGCAACAUUUUACACAGGUGAAUAAACAUAUUAUACAAA